AUGCCCCUACUGCUGGCCUUCCCUAUGGAUGGAAUAGGUAGAUUGGGCCAUGUCCCACCAAGCGUGCCAAGUGCGGAUUGGCGGAUUCUCAUUACUGACCCCAACGAUUAUCCAGAAGCGAAUGUGAAAUACAGAUACCUGGCAAUGGGCGAGAGUAUGGACAUCAAAGUCGACCCCAUGGUCUUUCAGACAGAGAAUGCUUUACGAAGGGUUGAUGUUCAGAAGCGAAACUGCUGGUUUCACGACGAGGUACCAUUGGGAUCGACCGAUCGAUACAGCACUGAGACUUGCACCAGUGAAUGUAAGAUGGCCACGUAUCAAAGGAGCUGCAACUGCGUGCCUUACAAAUAUCCUCGAAAUAAACGUUUUCGCGUCUGCGAACUGGAAGACUUGAAGUGCCUUCAUAAUGUGACAGUGUCUACAUCGAAAAGUGAAAUGAAAUGUGAGCCGGUAUGCUUCGUAGAGUGCAGUGACAAAAAGUACUCCAUAUCAAGUAACACGAACACCUUUUUGUCGGAGAAAAUCUCAGAAGAUUUAAAGAAUCAUGAACACUUCACUCAUUUGUCAGGUCUGCAUAUCUACUUUGCAAAGCCAACUUGUAACUGUUACAAAAUGACGGUUCUCAUCAAUACCAGUUAUAUUAUUGCUACCUACGGAGGAGUUUUCUCGCUGUUCUUCGGCGGUUCCUUGCUAACAGUCGCAGAACUAUUGUACAUACUGGUCAACUAUAUUGUAGCCCGUGUAAAGAAUACACUAAAAUAUGUGGAGACGAAGUUCAGAACUACCAAUACUGAAGGCGAACUAAAUUCAGAAACGUAUUUUAAUAAUUAACGUAGAGUCUGUCACUUUUUUUUCUGGUGCUUCGCCGGCCGCUGCCGCGGCACGCUCGCUUUGCUCGCUCGGCUCGCGCGUUAUGGUCACAACACUAACCUAACCUAACCUAGUGUGAAAUAUCACCACUUGAUAAGAAUAGUAAAAAUUUUCAAUAUUUUUUUCUAAAAAACUACCAGUGCAUAAGUGUGACAUUUUUUUUAAUAAUGUGGUUAACAGAAACCUUUUUAACAACAAAAAUGAGAAAUUACAACCAACAAAACCGUGAAGUUUUUACUUUUGGGCCCUGGAAGUACAGUAUAUCCCUUUUUUCUGUAAGACAACACAAAUUUCUGAAAAGCUUAAUUGGUAUCUUUUUUUCAUUAAUUAAGUUGCUAUUUAUAGCUUUGUGUGUCACCCAGUAAUCAAAAUUAAAGUGUAUUUAUUAACUGUUUUCUUUUUCAUUAAACUACCUUUAUUCAUCAUCAUCAUCAUUAGCUCAAUAACCCUUAAAUGCUACAAUGAAUUUGUAAACUGUAUAUUGUUUUAAACUUUCAUGGUCACUAACAUUAUAGUAAUA